AUGGUAGGUUACGAUUAUUACGACCACGAUAAAGCGAUGUUUGACUCAAAGACGGGCCAAUUUACUCAACUUAUUUGGGUUGGCAGUAAAGAUAUGGGCUGUGCUAGGUCCGCCUUUCCGGACAAAACAGAUCAGGCAUUUUUGGACGACUGUCUGAAAAGCACGAACAAAGCCCGAGACGCUCACAAAUCUCGUAAAAUCAAAUACGAUAAUGAGUUAAAUAACUACGCGAAAGAGAGGGCGAAAUACGCGUCAACCGGAAUCGGGUUGUCGUUAAAGCAUAAGAAUCUUAGAGGAGAUGUCGGAGAGAAUAUAUACCAUGCUAAGGCACUAAAUGGGCUAGAGUACAGCGAGAUGUCAUAUUACAACUUCGCUGCGGGUCUAUUUGUAAAAGAAGCGGGUCAUUUCACUCAACUAAUGUGGGACGCGACCGAUAGGAUGGGUUGCGCUCGCGUUAUGAAUCCCGUGGACUCCACCGGUAAACGCAACGAAAUAUACAUCGUAUGCGUGUAUAAAGUGGCCGGCAAUAUGAAGGGCGAGUUCAAGACUAAUGUGAAGCCAGCCGUCAAAAACGUUGACAAUUUUGCCGCUGAUAUGGACUCACCCGCACUCUCACCCACACUCUCACCUACACACUCACCCACACACUCACCCACACACUCACCCACACACUCACCCACACUCUCACCCACUCUCUCACCCACUCUCUCACCCGCACUCUCGCCCGCGGAUGACUUGUUUGAAGAAUGGGCGGCGGACAAGGGUGUCAAGGUAGAUAAAAAGCAUGUCAAGGCAUUUAAAGCGGAUAAUAAGGAAUAUAAAACGGAUAACAAAGGAUAUAAAGCGGAUAAUAAAAAAUACAAAUUGGAUAACAAGGAAUAUAAAGUGGAUAACAAUAGAUAUAAAACAGAUAAUAAGGGAUAUAAAGCGAAUAAUAAUGAAUAUAAGGCGGAUAACAAGGGAUAUAAAACGGAUAAUAAGGGAUAUAAAGCGGAUAAUAAAGGAUACAAAGUGGAUAACAAGGAAUAUAAAGCGGAUGACAAGUUAGACUACACUAUAGAAAACACGGAUGACAUGCAACAUAUAGCAGAUAACACGAUAACGAGAUAA